AUGGCUGCCUUGGACAAACUGCUUUGCUUUGGGGCUGAAAAUUCAAGAUUGCCCCAUACCACAGUAAUUGAGAAGGAAGCUAUAGCAGUGAUAAAAAGAAAAUUUGCUGGGCUGAAAAGGCCUGGUCAGGACAUUGCAGUUAUACUGGAGGGUCGACGAAUCAAGACAUUUGAUGGACAUGUUUUUGAUUUCAUUGAGCCUCUAAGGCGUCAGUGCACAUAUCUUCUUGGAGGGGACUUUAGGCUGGGAAAGUUUGCCUUGACUUACUCCAAGCAAGGACUGACGGCCGUUUCCUCUGAUUCAGGAAUAACUAUUGCUAGAGAUGGAUCCUUGACUGCUAUUGGAGGGAACAAAAUUAAACAUCUGCCGUACUCAUCACCUGGCAAGGAACUGUCUGUACAUUUGCAAAAUGGAGAGCUUCACAUGGACAUUGUAGAUGGACAAGCUAGAGUGACAUUUGACUCUGAUGGAGACUUUUUCAUAGUGGAAAUGAACAGGGACCUGAAUAACGCUUCUUUGGGACUUUUGGGCACGAACAAUAUGGAAAAAGGUGAUGAUCUGCGUUUGGCAGAUGGCUCAAUAGCAGAUUCAGAGACGACACUUCAGGAGGACUACGAGUUGACGGGACACAAGAAGUGUCAAUUGGGAGCUUCAAAUAGCUCAGCCUGCACCAGAUUUGACUACCCAACAUGUAUGAGUCUGUCCUCCAAGUGGCCUCAAGCGAUUCCCUGCUUUCUGGUUCUGAAUCCGCAGCCCUUCAUUCUUCAGUGUCAGCAGGAUGAGUGUCAAGGUCGCUCUGGUUGUAGGGCUGUCAAAGCUUACCUGACUGCCUGCCGUCACAGUGGCGUCACCGUGGAGACUCCAAAGCCUUGCGUUGAGUGUCCAGUAAAGUCGAAGCUAUUGGACAUAGUUGUUGUCCAGUCACUGCACACUGCGGUUACGACAGAGAGUGACUUUAUGAUGACGGCUCGCCAUCUUGCUCACAGUUUAGAAGACAUGGAUUUGCGAGUGGGAGUUGUCUCAUACGGAGGGAAAGGAGAGGACCUGGAGCCCAAAGCUCAUCUCAUCAAUGGAAAGUUGUUUGAGAGAGCUGGGAAGAUGCGAAAACCACAGAAUGUGUCAAUUCAGGGAGGAGAUUUGGCAACAAACGCUUCUGAUGCCUUGAAAAUUGCAGCACAAUACCCAUUCAGAUCCCAAGCUACAAGAGCUGUAGUUCUUGUCCACCCUUAUGAGUGGAAAUGUCCUGAAGAAGACAAUGAAGAACUGACAGCGCUAUUCAAACAAAAACAUACUGUUCUCAUAGCCUCUGCAAACUUUCCUGAAUUUUCUGACGACAAAGUUUUUGGCCUUUGGUCCAAUGGCAAAGUAAUUGGGAAAGGAAAACAUGUCAACCCCCCUAAGGAUGAUUACAGUAAAUUAGUGAAGUCAACUGGUGGAAUGUGGUUGGACCUGGGCAUUUUACAUCAUGGUCAAGGAUACAAAAUGAAGUACAUUACAAAAAGCGUGCGGCAACUGUGGAAACGAGACUACUUGGGCUGCAGUCCCUAAAACUUGGUGUUGAAAUUUGGCCAACCGAUUUGUGUUCUCUUCUCCGAGGUGUUGUCUUGGCAUUCCUGGGUUGUUGUUUUUGUUUUUGGAAUAAUUUUUGUUUUGUAUUUUGGGGGUGAGACAUUGGAGUAAACAUUAAUGUUUUACUUGUUGUUUUUUUUUAGCCUUGUUUUGAAUUUUGAAACUUUCGUUUUGAGGAGGAUACUGUUAUAAUAUUCCCCAGCUGUUUUUUUUAAAGGAAAGUUUAUUGCUCGAUGUUGUGAAUAAGGAAAGCCUAACUCGUCACAUUUUAAAAUUAUCUAUAUAGUCCUGGUCUUUAAGAUAAAAUUUACCCCCCAGGGCGGUGCUGAAGUGUCUUUAGGCCAUUGCCAAAGGGGGGGACAUUAAACAUGUCUUAUGCACAG